AUGAACAUUAAUACAUGGAUACAAUUUGUUGUACUAAUUCUUUGUUUGAUAAUAGUUGCAGCUAAAGAUUUUUAUGAAAUCUUAGGUGUUAAACGAGAUGCAAGUGAAAAAGAAAUUAAAAGAAAAUUUCGUCAAUUAGCUUUAAAAUAUCAUCCAGAUAAAAAUAAAGAACCAAAAGCUGAAGAAAAAUUUCGUACUAUAGUUGAAGCAUAUGAUGUAUUAAGUAGUCCAGACAAACGUCGUCAAUAUGAUAUGAAUGGACGUCAAUCAUUUGAAUCAUCAAAUCAAGAUGAUUUUUCGAAUUUUCAUUUUAAUAUGCAUGAUUUUUUUAAAGAAUUUGAUGCUGCACAAUCUCAAUUUUAUGAAGCUCACCAUCGAGCACAUCAACAAGCACAUCAAAAAGCACAUCAACGUGCUCAUCAACGUGCACAUCAACGAGCACAACAAGGUUUUUUUAAUUUUGAUUUUGGUUCACUUUUCGAUGAUGAUGAUGAAAUUGGAAUGAAUUCAAAUAAUCUUGAUGAUAAUUUGUUGAAUAUUGGCGAUCUAUUUGGAGGAUUCGGUAAUAGUUUUGGUGGAGAUAAUGUUCAUACGCAUAGAUCAAGUUUUACAAAACAUACUCAUCAACAUUGUCAUACUAUAACACGACGAGAAGGAAAUACUGUAUCAACAAUUACUGAAUGUAAUUAA